UUAUUCACCUCGUGAUCCAGAAAAGGGUGUGGAGCAGUGAAAGUGAAAGGGUGAAUUCCAUGUAGAGACGCUGAUAGCCAGGACUCUGGGAUAAUCGUGGCAAGUCGUUUUAUUAAGAAAAUCCUGCUUUUGUGGAGGAAAGGAUGGCGAUUCUAGCUUUGUGUGUUGUCGCUGUCUCCUUUAUCUCAACAUCAGCGCUGGAAAUGGUGUUAUUUCACAGCCCAAUGAAAGGUCAAGUGAAUGAGACUGUAAAGCUGGAAUGCAAGGUGUCUGGCUACAGCAGCCCACAGCUCCAACUCAAAACGGUAGGAGUUCAGUGGAUCUUCACAUCUACCAGAAAAGAGGUGUAUUCUUAUAUCGGAGGAAAAGCUUCCGCAUCUCGAAAUGGGGCAACGAUAUCUGAAGACAAUUUAAGGACAGGAGAUGCUUCAUUGUAUCUCCCUAACAUACAAAUUGAGGAUGAAGGAGAUUACACAUGUGUGGUGAUCGUAACCCCAGAAAAGGUAGAAAAGACAUCCACACUCCAAGUGUCAGCUCGGCCGAAUGUAAUUCUGUUUCCGCAGCCUUUUACAGCUCUGCUUGGUUCAACGACAUUUGUGAAAUGUAGCGCUACUGGAUUUUACCCUCAGGAGCUCGAAAUCAUCUGGUACAAGAUAUCACACGAGAAAAUGGAAAACAUUUCAACAAAAAGCUACAAUAAAGGGCUUAUUGAAAACAAUGAUAAAAUGUUUAGCAUUUCCAGCUUAAUGCCCAUUCAGCCAACACUGGAUGAUACUGGGAGUAGGUACAGGUGUGUAGUGAAGCACCGGUCAUUACCUGAGAAUCACAUGGUGGAAGCGAAACUCAUUGUCCAAGAAUGUAAGAACCGUAAUACCGAUGGAAUCAUUGGAGGAGUAAUUGUUCUGUUAGUGUGUGUCUCACUUUGCAUUGGAUAUUUUACCUGGGUGAAAUGGCAAAAAGGAGCUCCGACAAAUGAUGUGGAGUCAAACAAUAAAAAACGCAAGUUCAUGGUCUUUACAGGUAAAGCGAAAUCACAAGGUGCAAGUCUGCGUGCAGCAGGUAAUGCUGAUCCAGGUUCUAAGGCACAAAAUGAUGGGAAAAUAUCAAGUGAAGACAAACAUGGUGAAGGAAACUUCCCUGAUAAAGCUGAAACAAAGUCAGAAAGUAGAUCUGGAGGAAAUGGGGCUGAUUUUGAACAAACAGGAGCUGCGCCAAAUGAGGAUGAGACAACCAAUGAAAAAGACACCCUCCUGGUCCAAACAAGUGAUGUGAAAUCACAAGAAUCAAGUCUGUGUGCAGCAGAAGGGAUGAGGGUCACUGAAGCAACACAUGCAGCAGGAGACAGUGGAGUAGAAAGAAAUCCCGUCCCUCGAACUGAAGGAGAGCAAAGUGAGCAAGCUGAAGAGAAAGAGAAAGAUAAAAGCAAAGAUAAGGUUGAAGUUGGAAAGAAUAAUCAAGCAGGAAAGAUGGCGAGCACUGAAGCAACAGAGGCAACAGGAGACGGUGGACCAGAAAUAAAUCCUGCUCCUCAAACUGAAGGAGGCACAGGUGAACAAGCUGAAGAGAAAGGUGAAGAUAAACGUGAAGGUAAAGGUGAUGUUGGAAAGAAUAAAGAAGCAACAGAGAAGACAAACUCUGAAGCAACAGGAGACAAUGGAGCAGCAGGAAACCCUGACGCUCAAACUGUAGAAGACAAAUCUACAGAAAAAAGCGAGAAAACUAAAGAGAAAGAUAAACAUGAAGAAAAUGGUAAAGUUGCACAGAAAAAUGAAGCAGUAGCGACACCAGACAGUCAAGGAACAGGUAGAAAAGGAGGCAAUGGAGGAGGAGGAAAAUCUGACACUCAAACUGAUGGAAACCCUCCUUCACAAGAAAGUAAGCAAGCAAUGGACACGACAAACAGAGCAACAGGAGACAAUGAAAAAGCAGGCAACGCUGACACUCAAACAGUAGGAGUCAAUCAUUUGGGAAAUAACGGGAAUCCUAAUGGUAACAGGAUAGAUAAACAAAGAGAAAAUGGUGAACAAAUUGCACAGAAUAAUAACGCAGUAGCGACACCAGACAGUCAAGGAACAGGUAGAAAAGGAGGCAAUGGAGGAGGAGGAAAAUCUGACACUCAAACUGAUGGAAAGCCUCCUUCACAAGAAAGUAAGCAAGCAACAGAGAUGACAAACUCUGAAGCAACAGGAGCCAAUGGAGAAGCAGGAAACCCUGACGCUCAAACUGUAGAAGACAAAUCUUCAGAAAAAAGCGAGAAAACUAAAGAGAAAGAUGAACGUGAAGAAAAUGGUAAAGUUGCACAGAAAAAUGAAGCAGGAGAGACGGCAAACAGUGAAGGAACAGAUACAACAGGAGACAAUGCAGGAGGAGCUCAAACUGAUGAACAGCAACGUUCACAAGAAACAGUAGCGACACCAGACAGUCAAGGAACAGGAACAAAAAGAGGCAAUGAAGGAGGAGGAAAACCUGACACUCAAACUGAUGGAAACCAAUCUUCACAAGAAAGUAAGCAAGGGGAAAUGAAAGACCAUCAUGAACAUGGAGUUAAAGAGUCAAGGAGGAAUUCCACUGAAGGAAGUGAUGCAGUUGACGUGCAAGUUGAUGUCAGCACUGACCAAGUCAACUAGACAGAAGAAGGGAACAAAUUUCUGUGAAAAACUUUCUUCUUUCUCCACAAAAUAAGACCAGAAAUCGAUCAAUGCUCUCACCCUUUCCAAUUAAAAAAAACCCUUUUAAUCAGGAAUACUAAAAGAAUACUACAAAUUUAGAUGUAUUAUAUAUAUAUAAAUGCCAUAUAAAUGCAAGCUGUUGUUGUUGUUGAGGUCCCGUUUGCCUGUUUAGGUGGACGUUAAAGAUCCCAUCGCACUAUUGAAAAAGAGAAGGGAGCUUCUCUCUCCUGAUUUUUUUAGCCAACAAUCCCCCUAAUAAAUUUGGUCACUCACUCCAUGGCUAUUUGUAGGACAUUGUGGGACAUUGCUGUGCCAAUUGUGCUGCUAUGUUUGUCCAUAAAUACGCAGUCACAGUGCACAGCAAAUACAAGGGUUUUUAUUAUAUAUAUCAAUUGCAUAUCAUGCUGCUGUGUAUGAAGAAUGUGAUCAUGUAUGUACAGUUUGAAUUGCAGGGAAUAAAAGUUAGAUAACUUUUCAAAUGUUAUCAUGUGAUAAUGUAAUGAUCUUUGUAUUGGGCUGUUUAAUCAUUGACCAACGGUUGGAAACUUAAUUUGAACUAAUUUUUUUUUGGAACAAUAUUUGCAGAGCCUCGUUUUCCAGCAAAGCUCACUGUAUAAUUUCUGUCAGAUGUCUUUGUGUUGCUGUCACUGUAAAAAAAACAUUAAAGUCACCACGAAACUCUU